AUGGCCGAGGAGGAGAAGGUGACGAUGAACCUUCUGGAACAAAAGCCUCCUCAAGAUAUUGUGUCUGAAAGGACUAUCCUCGAGAGGCCUCGUUUCGUUUUAGAGGUUGUGAAAAGAGAAAGAGCUAGCAAAAUUUACUACUGUAGGUUCUGCAUGAAGGAGUUCUCAUGCCGGCGAGCUUUAGGCGGUCACCAGAACGCCCACAAAAAGGAACGAGAACUCCAUAAGAAGCUGAACUAUGGAGAGAUGUCCUCUGGGCCGUUUAUGUACGGGGGAGGAGGUAGCAGCAGCAGUAGACCUUACCUGUCUUCUACUGGUCCAGGAGCCAAAAGAAUGAAGACGACCAUGUUUCCGCCUCAUCACCAUUCCAUCCUCAACUGGAGCAAUACUGCUGGCCGCCAUAGAAGUUCUACAAGAUAUCCUUUAACCCCUAAAAAGUAUACUUCAAAUGCUUUUUCAAACGAUGAGGAUAUUAAUCUUGAUCUCACUCUUGGUCCAUCUAAUCCCAUAGGAGGCAUAAUAAUCACGUCUAUAAUAUAA